AUGUCUAUGUUCACCUCCACCCGUACGCUCACCCAGACGAUGGACAAGCCCGACGACCUCACCCGCAGUGCGACCGAGACGGCGGUCAAGCUCAGCAACAUGAACCAGCGCGUCAGCAGGUUCCACGACAAGAUGGAGAACGAGAUCGAGGUCCGCCGCGUCGACGACGACACGCGCGUGAAGAUGAUCAAGGACGCCAUCGCACACCUCGACAGGCUCAUCCAGACGGAGUCGAGGAAGCGCCAGGCCUCGUUCGAGGACAUCCGCGAGGAGGUCAAGAAGUCCGCCGACAACAUGUACCUAACGAUCAAGGAGGAGAUCGACACCAUGGCUGCAAACUUCCGCAAGUCCCUUGCGGAGAUGGGCGACACACUCAACAACGUUGAGACAAAUCUCCAGAACCAGAUCGCCAUCCAUAACGACGCCAUCGCGGCUCUCAGGAAGGAGGCCCUCAAGAGCCUGAACGAUCUCGAGACGGGCAUUGCCACGGAGAACGCAGAAAGGAAGAAGAUGUACGACCAGCUCAACGAGAAGGUCGCAGAGGGCUUCGCCCGCAUCUCCGCCGCGAUCGAGAAGGAGACGAUCGCCCGCGAGAGGGCCGUUAGCGCUGCCACGACAGAAGCGCUCACAAACACGAAGCUCGUCGAGAAGUGCGUCAACGAGCAGCUCGAGAACGUCGCCUCGGAGAUCCGCGCUAUCCAGGAGGAGAUCGACCGCGAGAAGGCCGAACGCAAGGAGGCAGAGGACAAGAUCGUCAACACUCUCGAGGACGUCGUCUCGAAGAUCCAGGGCGGCCUCUCGAUGGUCACAAAGCACUAA